AUGCCAUCUUUCGGUAUGAGUCCAGUACCCUCAAAGUUCAAGGCUAUCCUCCAGAAUGUGCAGUCUCUGAAUAUGUCCCUUGCGAUUCCACAGAACCACUGGAGGUUGUGGAGAAUUUCACACGCCGCGGUAGAUGCAAUAACUCUGACCUUCUUUCAGAUAUCCGUUCUCAACCACCAGCCACAUCUGUUCGUUCAACAAAUGGCAGAUGACCCCCCAUAUAAGCCUCCCUUUGUGUUUCCCGAUAUAUGGGAGGACGAUGAUGCGAUGUUUUCUCUUAUGCAGCCAAUAAAACGUCCAAAACACGUCGAUCCCGAGACUUAUAAUCGUAAAGUCGAUUUCUGGAGCGCGCUUGUUUUGAGAUACACAAAGGAACAGCGGGUUUUACUUGUCAGUAUCCGAGCUUUACAGUCAGUCUUCUCACGCGAUUUCGUAGAAGAGGGUAUUACACUGAGUCCGGCUUGUUUGGAUGCAGUCUUUGAUAAGUUACAAGCCGCGGGCCAAGCAAAACCAUACACUGAAGAUGUCAGUCUUGUGUACUCCAUCCUCAAGACGGGUAUCAAUUACAUGCUGAAGAUCCCGGCAUCAUUGGCUAUGCAGUAUGCUUUUGGGCAGUCUCUGGGAACUGAUGCCUCGAAAGUUGACGUGGAUGAUUUAUUCGUUUUUGAGCAGCUAGCUCAGGAACUCAUAGGAGAUUUUAUAUCUUAUUUCAACAAGACCAGAUGUCACAAAAGGUUGACACUGAGACUUCCCGCAUACGAAUACGAUGAGUUUGAAUCCGCCUUGGCUGAAUUCUUCUCACACGAAGCAUCUCGGGACUUUGUGAGGAAAUAUUCGAUGAAUUCAAUGAACUUAGUGAAGGUUGAUAGAGUGUGCGACGCGUCCAACAGUUGGGAGUCUAAAAUUGUGUGGGUGUCCGAGACUCUCCAGGCCACAGUCCCUUAUGAUCCAAAGAAUAAAACUGCGUUGGCCGUACUGACUGGUCUGGCUCACCUGAAAUCGAUCAUCAGGCGCCAUGAAGUCGAGGAGCAAACUCUUCUCCAUGAAAUUGAGGUUCGCCGCAAUGUGCUCAAGAAACUUGUGGCCGAGAAGAAGUUGCGUGAGGCGAAGAAUCUACUCCGGCGAACGAAAGUACUGGAGCAGAACUUGGAGAAGAAACAAUGUCAGUUACAUAACCUGGAAGCUAUGCAGUUGGAGCUUGAAUCCGCUUCCGACAAUCAGCAAGUGAUACAUGUUCUGAAAGACUCGGGUCGGGCUUUACAACAGCUUACUGGAGGUGACAAGGGCCUAGCCGCUGUUGAAGAUGCCAUGAGUGAGGUUGCUGAGAGUGUUCAAGAGAGUAAUGAGUUGUCUGACGUAAUCGCCUCCUUUGGACGAAACACCCUUCCUGUGGUUGAUGAUGAUAACCUUGAGCAAGAACUGCGUUCAUUGAUGAAUCCUACCAUUCGUCUACCUUCGGUUCCCUCCACCGAACUCAACGUGGCCAAAUUAGAUGAGGAAUUAGCUUCUCUUUGUCUGGGUGAGUCGGACGUGACAGGAGCAUCCCAGACUUCGCCAAAGUCGUCCAACAGUGCGAAAAUUGCUGCCGCAGCAACGCCUUAAUUUGUCCGACACCUGAUUGCCGUACCAUUGGUCUUUCUCACAGAUAUCCGCCCAUAACUCCAGGAGACGUAUUUUCCUAGAAUUCCGUCUGCUUUCAUUAUUCAGAACUUGGACACCGAACUUCGCAACUGCUCCGCGUGUGUUCGUGAUCUAUGAUUGUCCUCAUAACUCUUGGUUUCACUGUAUUUUGAUGUGGUUCCCAUCUGCUGUCUGCCUUUUUUUAAUUUGAACGUGAUAUGCAUUCUAGAACCUUCGUUCUCUUCUCUAAUUAGUCCAACAUUUCUCCGUUCUCCUCCAUUCCGGGCACACAGUAGUCAAGUGCAUGGCCGUUUGUAACCGUUGAUAUAUCCUUGAAUUAGCAGUGCAUCGCCUAACAACCCCUUGCCUCACAAAGCUGCACAUCCCAACAACCACUAUAUCAUCCGUGUACAUGGUAUCAGUUUUUCGACUUAUUAUUUCACCCGGGUGGUCAUUAAAUCUACUCUGAUCCAUUGAGUCGUUCAAAACUCACUGCCGUUGCGCUAUCUCUUUCAAGAUAUAUUGGAGGAACCAAACCACCUAACCUACGUGUUCUGUAACAUUGAGAUAUGAGUCUUACCUGAUGAAGUCGUG